CCAAUUAUUUGGAACAUUUUGGCUCGUAUCGAAUAUUAUACUCACUUGCUCACUAAAUUGGCCUGUGGAAACAAGUAUUUGGGAUGUUAUAUUUUGGCUGUUUAUGUUUUCGGCUUCUCCUUGUUCAGAGAUUAUAUUUUCAAUAAGGCUCUCGAAACUCAACCAAUCUUUGCUUCCCAAUAUGCUACUGAAAUUAUGUAUGGUGGUUAUGCUUUGCAAGUUAUCGGUUCUCUCCUUGUUAUGGGUGCCUAUUAUCAAUUGGGUAUUACUGGUACUUAUCUUGGUGACUACUUUGGUAUUCUCAUGGAAGAUAGAAUUACCUCUUUCCCAUUCAAUGUUACUGACAAUCCAAUGUACAAUGGUUCUACUUUAUGGUUCCUUGGUCACUCCUUGGUUAAGUCAUCACCAGCUGGUAUUUUAAUGGCUAUCUGUGUCUUUGUCAUGUACAAGUUUGCUUGUUUGUUCGAAGAACCAUUCACUGCAAUGAUCUAUGCCAAGAGAGAUGAAGAAAGAAAGGCUGGUAAGUCCUCCCCAUCC